AUGCCUGGGGUACCAGGAACACAAGGCUUGUCAGGCUUACAAGGUUUACCAGGAGCAUUUGGAAAGACGGGAGAUCCAGUGAGUUUAUGUGAAUUAAACAAAGUCUGUAAAGUAGAGCAGGUUUUGUCGGUGUACAAGGUCUUCCUGGUCGUGUUGGCCCAGCAGGUCAGAAGGGGUCAAUUGGAUUGCAAGGGUGUACCUGGAGUGAGAGGCAAGGCUGGACCAAAAGGAGAAAAAGGCAACAUUGGAUUGCGAGGUUUUGUUGGAUUGAAAGGAGAACAAGGUGACGUAGGACAAAAAGGUGAAAAUGGAGUAAAAGGAGAAGUUGGUCAUAGAGGAGAUCAAGGUAUUCAAGGUCCAGUGGGUCCAAGAGGUUUACAAGGAGUUAGAGGAUUUCCUGGAUACAAAGGAGAGAAAGGUUCACAAGGUUUGCAAGGCAUUCCUGGAUUAACUCCACUUUCUGAAAUAAAGAAACUUGAACGUUUGGUGACAAAAUUAUACAAUGAACUGAAGGUUCCCAGGGUUCCAGUUGGUGAUGAAGCUGAUACAUGCAACAUGAGCACAUUAGGUUAUUUGUUCUACCACAGUACUAAUAGAUCUUUGCUGUUGUGUGAUUCUGAGCAGUGGGUUGAAAUAUGGUGGAAAUCAUACAAAUCUUGUUCUGCUGUUGAACAUAAGAUCGACUCUGUUCAGUUUGUGCAUAAAGUCAAGUCUCGUUCACUUGUAAAGGUUUAUUGUGAUUAUUCUGUGAUCUCUAGUGGGUGUGCACUUGUGUGGAAACACUCAUAUUUUCAAGUUGGAAAUCCAACUGAUGACAUGCGUACUUUCAGUUCAGUCGAUUGUCCAUGUACUGAUCUGUCUGAUGGUUGGUGUAAUGUGGGUAACAAGGAUAAUGUUGCUGGUAAUGUUCAAUUGACAGUUGCUUAUCACGAAGGAGAAGUUGCGUAUGCAUAUCGUGGUGAUCGUAAUUCUGAAGUGGGAAAGUCAUGGCGUGGAGCAAUACUCAACAAUCCAGUCAAAAUUACAGAUCAUUGUAAUAGAGGGAAUGGGAUUCCUCCAGAGCCAAGUAUUGUUUCAUCUGGAAUACCGGGAUUGACAUUUGACAAACAGAAUCCUGGUGUAUACACUGGUAACUGUGAUACAGAUACAUACAAGAGUAUGGGAGAAUGUCGUUGGGCAAAUUGUCAGUUACCUUCAUCUAUCUCAUCCAAAACAUAUUCUGUACAAAUGACAGUUGCUAUAUUUCUUUGUUGACUUUGCACACAGCACUGCAUGGGUAGUUUGCAUGUUGAUCUUGUUUGCAUUGCAUGAAAUGUAACAUUUAGUAUUGUGAACCUUGUGCUUUCUUGUCAGGACUUCACAGCAUCAUGUGCUUUGUUGUGUUUCUGAUUUCCAACCAUAAAAGUUUAUUACAUGCAAA